GGGAGAGACAGAGUGAGAGAGACGGGGAGAGCGGGAUGGAGAUGGGUGGACGCUCUUUCCGGCUGGUUUGACUGAGCUCCCAGUUGGUGUCGGGAGUGAGGGUGGGGGGGUCAGCAUGUCUCCGCUGGGUACCCGCACCCUACCCUGCCACCUGCGGAGAGGCAGCUGCCUGCGGAGGGCUCUGCUGCUGGCCCUGGCCACCUACGGGGUCCGGAGGCUGCUCCCGGCGCUGUGGAGGGAGCUGCAGCGGGCGAGGAAGGGCGGGGGGGAGGGGCAGUCGGGGACCUCGCCGGCCUCGCCGGCCCUGAACCGGGAGUUCCUGGCGCAGCUGUGGGCCCUGCUGCGGGUACUGUUCCCCAGGCUGUUGAGCCGCGAGCUGGGCCUGCUGGCCUUGCACUCGGGGGCCCUGGUCUCGCGCACCUUCCUGUCCGUUUACGUGGCUCAGCUGGACGGCAAGAUGGUCAAGAGCAUCGUCCAGAAGGAGCCGCGCGGGUUCGCCUGGGAGCUGGCCAAGUGGCUGGUCAUCGCUGUCCCGGCCACCUUCGUCAACAGCGCCAUCCGGUACCUGGAGGGCAAGCUGGCGCUGGCCUUCCGGACCAGGCUGGUCGACCAGGCCUACGGCCUCUACUUCCGGCGCCAGACCUACUACCGGAUCAGCACCAUGGACGGCCGGCUGGCCAACACCGACCAGUCGCUGACCGAGGACCUCCUGGCCUUCUCGGCCUCGGUGGCCCACCUCUACUCCAACCUGACCAAGCCCGUGCUGGACGUCCUGGUCAACAGCUACACCCUCCUGAGGGCCGCCCGCGCCAAGGGGGCCGCCGUCUCCGGCUCCACCGCGGUGGCCGGCCUGGCCGUGCUGCUGACGGCCGAGCUCCUGCGCCGCUUCUCGCCCCGCUUCGGGGGGCUGGCGGCCGAGGAGGCCCGGCGCCGGGGGAGGCUGCGCCACGCCCACGCCCGGCUGGCCGCCAACGCCGAGGAGGUCGCCUUCUACCGGGGGCACAAGGUGGAGUUGGCGAUGUUACGGCGCUGUUACCGGGACCUGGCCUCUCAGAUUAACCAGAUCCUGGUCAAGAGGCUGUGGUAUGUGAUGUUGGAGCAGUUCCUGAUGAAGUACGUGUGGAGUGCUUCUGGCCUUGUUAUGGUCGCCAUGCCUAUCAUCACGGCGACCGGCUACUCCGAGACCGACUCGGAGGAAUCGAAGCAGGCGGCGAUGAAGAGGAAGGAGCAGGAGCUGGUCAGUGAGAGGACAGAGGCCUUCACUACUGCCCGCAACCUACUGGCCGCCACUGCCGAUGCCACAGAGAGGAUCAUAUCCUCAUAUAAGGAGAUAACGGAGUUGGCCGGUUACACGGCGCGGGUGCACGAAAUGUUCCAGGUAUUCCAGGACGUCCAGUCCGGAGUCUACAAACGCUCCACAGAGGCAGAGGCCAAGGAUCAGAAAAAGCAAGAGGCCGAAAUCGUUCGGGGCGUUCGGAUAGAGGGGCCUCUGGAGAUUAAAGGCCAAGUGAUUGACGUGGAACAUGGAAUCAUUUGCGAAAAUCUCCCCAUCAUCACUCCGACGGGAGACGUGGUGGUGGCCAGCCUCAACAUCCGGGUGGAGACUGGGAUGCACCUCCUCAUCACCGGACCCAACGGAUGUGGGAAGAGUUCGUUAUUCCGGAUCCUGAGCGGUUUGUGGCCGGUUUACAAUGGGGUGGUUUAUAAACCACCCCCCACACAAAUGUUCUAUAUUCCCCAGAG